AUUAUCAUACACGACAUUUUAUUGAAACAGAGUGGUCGCAAUAUUAAAUAUCACAGGAUCGAUGGAAGACUAAACGUUUAAUAAAGUGAAAAACUCAUCUUUUAUAAUAGGCAGAAUAUUUUCUUUUCGUUUUAACUAUUAGAUUUUUAGCAAUGUGUAAUUUAUUAAAUAUCUGUGCAAAAGUGAAUUUAAAAAAUGUCAUGUUAAGAAAUUCAACAGUAAUUUCCACGGCGCGAAAUUUUAGUGUCAAAUGUCGACAUUACGGCGUAAACGUAGACAAGCGGACUCUUGUCAGUGCAGAGCGAAAAAAGCAAACUUUCUCGGAUAGAUCGCAGCUGAAGUAUGCCAGAAGGCUUGUAGUUAAGCUCGGCAGUGCCGUCAUUACCAGAGAGGACGGUAAUGGACUAGCUUUAGGACGAUUGUCGUCUAUUAUCGAACAGGUAGCAGAAUGCCAUCACGAAGGUCGGGAAUGUAUAAUGGUAACAAGUGGCGCUGUGGCGUUCGGGAGACAGAAGCUGACUCAGGAACUGCUCAUGUCUCUGUCUAUGAGGGAGACGUUGUCACCAAGCGACCACACACGCGAGGACGCGGGAAGCAUUUUGGACCCUCGGGCAGCGGCGGCUGUCGGCCAGUCGGAGCUCAUGUCGAUGUACGAUGCCAUGUUCUCGCAAUAUAACGUCAAAAUUGCACAGGUAUUAGUGACAAAGCCGGACUUCUACAAUGAGGAGACGAGAAAGAAUUUAUUCUGCACUCUCUCCGAGCUGAUCUCCUUGAACAUCGUGCCCAUCGUGAAUACGAAUGAUGCAGUUAGUCCGCCCAUGUAUAUACACGAUGAUACCGUUGUACCAGGAACUGGAAAGAAGGGGAUUGGUAUAAAAGACAAUGACAGUCUCUCAGCAUUGCUAGCUGCUGAGAUACAAUCUGAUCUCCUCAUCAUGAUGUCAGAUGUUGACGGUAUCUAUAACAAGCCGCCGUGGGAGGAUGGCGCUCGUAUGAUACACACGUAUACGUCGAAGGAAAGAGAUCAAGUGCAAUUUGGGCAGAAAUCUAAAGUUGGUACAGGUGGUAUGGAUUCGAAGGUCAAUGCAGCCACAUGGGCGAUGGCUCGAGGAGUCAGUGUUGUGAUAUGCAACGGUAUGCAAGAUAACGCUAUCAAAACAAUCAUCAGUGGACGUAAAGUGGGAACAUUUUUCACAGACUCCGCAACUACGUCAUCAGUUUCAGUUGAUGUUAUAGCUGAAAAAGCACGAUCUGGUAGUCGAGUUUUACAAAAACUCUCACCAGCCGAAAGGGCAUCAGCAAUUCAUUCAUUGGCAGAUCUCUUACUGGAAAAGAAAGAGAAAAUAUUUGAAGCAAACGCAAAGGAUAUAGAAGAAGCUACAAAAACUGGUCUCGAAAAACCUUUAUUGAACAGGUUAUCGCUGAGUGAAGGAAAGCUAAAAACUUUAUCUAUCGGCCUAAAGCAAAUAGCUGACUCUAGCUAUGAGAAUGUAGGCAGACUACUAAGAAAGACUAAACUCGCUGACAAUUUAGUGCUCCGACAAGUAACUGUACCUAUAGGAGUUCUGCUUGUGAUAUUCGAAUCGAGACCAGAUUCGUUGCCGCAAGUCGCGGCUUUAGCCAUGGCAUCAGCUAACGGCUUGCUAUUAAAGGGUGGAAAGGAAGCGGCUCAUUCCAAUAAAGCGUUGAUGGAUCUUGUCAAAGAAUCUUUGCAAACAUUUGGAGCACAGGAGGCUAUAUCAUUAGUGUCGACAAGGGAAGAGAUAAGUGAUUUGCUAUCGAUGGAAAAGCAUAUUGAUUUGAUCAUUCCUCGAGGAUCAUCAGAACUUGUAAGAAGUAUUCAGAAGCAAUCUCAACAUAUACCAGUACUGGGCCAUGCUGAGGGCAUCUGUCAUGUCUAUUUGGACAAAGACGCAGAUCCCGUCAAGGCUUUGAAGGUUGUUCGUGACGCAAAAUGCGAUUAUCCAGCAGCUUGUAAUGCUAUGGAAACUUUAUUGCUCCACGAGGACCAUAUGUCUGGUCCAUUAUUUACCGAAGUAUGCAAUAUGUUGAAGCAUGAAGGCGUGAAGAUACACGCCGGUCCAAGGUUGGCGAGUCAACUAACGUUUGGACCACCCGCUGCAAGGACCAUGAAGCACGAAUAUGGUUCUUUGGAGUGUUGUGUUGAAAUCGUUAAGGAUAUGGAUGAAGCGAUAGAUCACAUUCACAAAUUCGGAAGCUCUCACACAGAUGUCAUAGUCACAGAGAAUGAAACUACAGCUAAACAGUUCCUAAGUACAGUAGACAGCGCGUGUGUGUUCCACAAUGUGUCGUCUCGUUUCGCUGACGGCUUCAGAUUUGGUCUCGGAGCGGAAGUUGGAAUUUCUACAGCCAGAAUACAUGCGAGAGGUCCGGUUGGUGUAGAAGGCCUUUUGACCACAAAAUGGAUCCUCGAAGGAACUGAUCACACAGCGGCGGAGUUUAAUGAAGGAAAACGAACAUGGCUACACGAAAAGUUACCCAUUAAUUGACUAAUAUCGAAUAUAUUUAUAACCUUCUAUAAUUAUAUAAUAAGUAGAUUAUUUAGUAAAAAUCAGUUAUGAGUAUAUACCAAAUCUAUACAUGUAAUAAUAUUGUUGAGCCUGUGUUUGGUUAUGAUAUUCGGAUGAUACGUCAAAAGAUUUAAUCAUCCGAAAUUGAAUAAAUAAAUUUGUGAUUAUUGAUAAACGUUAAUCGUGUGUUAUGCAAUGAUAUAUAUAUGUUGUACAAAUCAAAACAAAUAUACGAUAAAAAAAAUAUUAAA